AUGGGUGACUGGAGUUGGUUUGCUAGUCCACCAACAAUGACAAUGUGUUCAUUCAGUGACAUAAUCUAUAUGAAUUCAGGUUUACAAGUUAUUGAUAUAGGUGUUAGAGGUGAAUAUGAUACUGGUAUAGGUGCUUCUUCAUUAAGUGUGGAUGUAUGUAUUUUGAGAAUUGAAGUAAUUCAAUUCGAUCCUCAUGCAAAUAUUGAACUAAUGCCUGUCAAUAUUAUGUUGACUAUGUCAUAA